AUCGAGGGCCCUGUUCACCGCUUCACCUUUCACUUCCUCUUCAUCGGUGGCUAUGGCUUCUCACCGUCGUCGACCCUUUCAACGGCCACCACAAUCACUCCGACCACCUUCCAGGGCCGAAAACCUACCCUCUUCAGGCACCCGAGUUCCCAUGGAUGAAGUGCGCUCUUCAAAUCAAGUUCUCAUUGAUGAAAUGGAUUCUUCAAAUCCAGUGAAUGUAUUCGGAUCCAUAUCUUCAGAUCAGGCAAAGCAAGUUCAUCCUGAUAAAAAUCCGAGUGGCCCUUUGGCAACUGAACGAUCUCAGACUUAUAAUGAAGAGUGGCAAAGACUUAGAAGAUGGGCUGCAACUUGUGUAGCUAUGUAUGCUGCAUAUGCGGCAAUUCUUGUUUCGGUUUAUCAUCGCUCAAACUAUUUGGAGAGAUCAAUCUCUAAUGAAGGAGAUUAUGAACGGCAUGCUUUGAUGGAAAGACUUACACUAAUGGAUAAUGAAGAUUGUUAUAAUCAACUACGUAUGGGAAAGGAUGCAUUCGCAAGACUAGUAAACAUUCUUCGAGGAACAGGUCGUCUUAGAAAUAGUGCACAUAGUAAUGUAGAAGAACAAGUUGCCAAAUUCCUUCACAUUGUUGGUCAUAAUUUAAGGAAUAGAACUAUGAAAUUUUAUUUCAAGCGUUCUAGUGAAACUGUUAGUCGUCACUUUCAUCAAGUUCUGAGAGCUAUAAUAUCUUUAGAUGAUGUCUUCUUAAAGCAGCCUGAUGGAUUAAAGUGCCCUCAAGAAAUCAAGGAAAAUACCAAAUUUUGGCCCUACUUUAAGGAUUGCAUAGGGGCGAUUGAUGGGUCACAUUUUCGUGUAAAAGUGUCAAAUGAUGUUGUACAAAGGUAUCGAGGGCGAAAGUACUAUCCAACACAAAAUGUUUUAGCAGCAUGUUCCUUUGACUUGAAGUUCACAUAUGUUUUACCUGGUUAG